AUGAUAAAAAUAGGGGUGCUCUUAGUUAUGAUUAGCCUUGGUUAAUGUUAGGAUUUGUUGACAUCAAUAAAAAAUUAUGCAGAUGGAAUUGUUUCAUCAAACAUCACUCAAAAAAUACUUAUAGAUUUUGCUCCAUUAUUAUUGCCUUUAACAAUACUAUCUAUAAUUUUGAUAUAAGUGAUGAAGAUUUGCUUCAAAAGACAAAAGUUUUAUGAUAAAUUGCCUUAAAACGAAUAAUAAGCAAAUAUCCAAAAAGUUAAAUUACCAUUAAAACACAAAAUCCAAUUGUACUUUAUGAGAUAUUAUUGUUAAUUUUUGAGAUUAUUUACACGUUGA